AUGCGACACCCUGAUAUUCUACGUUAUUUAGAUGGAAUUGAGACAGAACAAAGCAUUAUGUUUGUUACUGAACCUGUCGAGCCCCUUACAAAUCAACUCAACCAAGAUCCCGAUAAAAAUCUUAUUUUAUGGGGUCUUUAUAAAAUAGCUAAUGCAAUCAAAUUUCUUAAUGAUGACUGUAAUGUUGUUCAUGGUAACAUAAGAGUAGCUUCGAUUUUCACAAAUAAAGCAGGUGAAUGGAAAUUAGGUGGACUUGAGUUGUUAUGUUCAUUAAAAGAAGAAAGUCCAAUUAUUUUGACGUUUGGUGGUCUAGUUCCUGAUGCACAAAAAUAUGCUACACCUGAAGUAAAGAAAUCUGGAUGGACAGCCAUUAAGGAUCUUUCUGUCAAUGCAACUGAUUCUUAUCAUUUAGGUUGUCUUGUUUAUGAAGCUUAUAAUCAUCGGUUUGAAAGCACAGAUUCGCUUUUAUCACAAAAGGGUAAUAUCCCUAUUUCUAUGCAACGAAUCUAUACCCAACUCCUUAAUCCUGUCUAUCAUUCACGAGCUACAGCUGAAAUGUUUUUAGAUGAAGGGCUAAGACCGAAAGGUUUCUUUUCUAAUGACUUUGUUAAAGUUAACCUAUUCUUAGAAAACAUCAGUAUUAAGGAACCUAAUGAAAAAGAAAUAUUUUUCAAGCAACUAGACUCGCAUAUUAACAGUUUUCCAAGUGAUUUUGCUAAAUACAAGAUUUUACCAGAAUUGAUAAAGGCUUUUGAAUUUGGCUCGGGUGGAGCUAAAGCUUUAAGUGCAAUUGUGAAAGUGGGGGAUCAUCUAUCAGAUGAAGAAUAUGAAGCUAUUAUGAUUGAGCCAAUUAUACGUAUGUUUGCCUCACCUGAUCGUGCAAUACGUAUUAGUUUAUUAGAAAAUAUGCCUAAAUUUAUCAGUCAUAUGUCAAAUAAGAUGGUGACAAAUCAAGUAUUUCCAAAUAUUGCAACAGGAUUUACAGAUACAGUACCCAUUAUUCGAGAACAAACAAUUAAAUCUAUUUUGCUAAUUGUGCCUAAACUAAAUGAUAAAAUUAUCAAUUAUGAUUUAUUAAAGCACUUGGCAAAGUUGCAGAUGGAUCCGGAACCAGGGAUUAGAACUAAUACAACUAUUUGUCUUGGGAAAAUUGCAAAAUAUUUGAAUGAAAGUACAAGGAAAAAAGUGUUGGUGCCUGCCUUCACAAGGAGUUUAAGAGAUGGAUUUCAUCAUGCUAGAAUUGCAGCAUUGAUGGCACUUAACGCUACCUCCGACUAUUAUGAUGCUCAAGAAUGUGCAGGAAAAAUUGUUCCUGCUAUAUCUAUGGUUUUGAUUGACAAAGAGAAAAUUGUCCGUGAUCAAGCAUUUAAAGUAAUGAAUUCUUUUGUCAGUAAGAUCCAAGAAUUUGCAAAUAAAAUGCCUGAUACAGCAAUUAUGAAUACAUCUACAAGUGAAGAAUCAAGUAGUCCAGCUGCUGGUAUGGCUGGUGUUCUUGGUGGAGCCACUAAGAAUCUUGCUGGCUGGGCAGUAUCAUCAAUUCAAUCUAGAUUUUCAUCACCUAGUGGUGAAAUUGGUAAUCCUAUUAACUCUGAAAGUAGUUCUGUAUCACCACCAUUGAAUGAAAUGCCUCAAAAGCCCAUAACACCUAAAACAAAUAUAGAUCAUUCAACUAUGAAUAUAAUAGAAUCUGAUGAUACAAGUGGAUGGGAUGACGAAGAUAGUAUACCUUUUGAUUUUAACCAAUCUGAAAAUAAUACAUGGAAUUCUUUCGAUCAACAAGAGCCCUCUUCAGCGUUUUCUCCUCCACCAAUACAUAAUAGUGUAGUUUCUUCAUUUAGUUCAACAACUAAAGCUCAUGGAUCAAUGAAAUUAAGUCAUAAGUCCAAAACAGCAGAUCUGUUUUCAAGUACUAAUGAUGGUAACAUUGAAGCAUUUGUAACACAAAUUACGGCAGAAACCCCCACUACAGCAACGACUUCACCACGCGUAAGUAAAGAAGAUCGAAAAGCUGAGCUCGAAAGAAGAAGAGAAGAACGAAGACAGCGUAUGGCAGAGUUACGAGAGAAAAAGAAAAGUAGUGGACUUGCAGCACCAACAGCAACACCCACAAAACUUUUUUUUAAAAGAGAUGAUAUGAAUGUUGAUAAUAAUCUGGAACUUUAUCAAAACUGGGCGAGUCUAUGUAGACAUAGUCAAACAAAUAUAUAUGUUGAUUUGGCAGAGACCGCUAAUAUUUCUGUUCAUAAUUUAUGGAAAACUGUUACCCAAACUGUUAAUUGUGGUGGAGGACACGCAAUAACGGUUACAAAGACGGUGGCUGUUGUAACUGCUACCGCAACUGUUGCUAGCCAGAAACCAUGUACUAAACAAUGCUGGACAGAUUAUAUAUGGCAUACAUAUGGCGAUGGUAUAAGCCCAGCUCAGGGCUUUACUGGUGUAGUUUCUACAAUGACAUGGAUUGGUUUAAUUAAUAAUGAACCUGCUGGUGGUUAUCCUUUAGGAGAUGUAAUUUACAUUUGUGUUUGUGCAGGACUUGGUUUGCUCGGCGCCCUAUUACUUGCUUUCUUUUAUCAACUUGGCGUUAUUUGCCUUGCAUGUCUUGGAGGAUUUUAUUUUGCAAAAGUAGCUCGGGUGUGCUUUAUCAUUGGCACAUCACUUGUAGUUCCAUUUUUUGAAUAUUUCAUAGAAACAUAUGUAGUACUUUUUAGUACGUCCCUUAUGGGGUCCUAUUUGUUUAUUUUUGGUAUUGACUUCUUUGCCCAUACAGGCUUUAUCAAUGCUUGGCUCUCCAUAUUUGAUGGUAAUUCGCUGCACCGCAAUACAUACAUGAUAAAUCAGAGUGUUUAUAUUAUGCUAUCUUUCGUAAUUGUCUGUUUGAUAGCAUCCUUUGGAUGGCAAUAUUAUUACAACAUUAUUUGUUUAAAACUAGAUGGCUUUGGCACCAAUAAUAAAAAGUUAGUCCCAAAAGAAGAAGAAAAAGCAGAGGAAACACCACCUGCCUAUAUUUGCGUACCUCCUCCAUCUUAUUAUGGACCAUCACCGCCACAACCUAUGUUUGUGCAAAAUGUAAGUGCACCGUAUUAUUCUUAG